AAGCGGGGCAUAACCCAACGUGCCCUUCAUUUGACAAGAGCUACACCUGAUAGUGAGAAGUGUCCACGUUUCCGAAAGAACACCCAAAGGACGCCCGUCUUUUAUCUGCUAAAUAUUUUGACUCCGCUUUCGCCAUGAUCCUUUACAUCGUCCUAUACGACCGUGGUCUCCCCGGGACUUUCCACUGGGGUCUCAUCCCAUCUGACGACGUUCCCAUCGGUCCCGUCAUGGUCUACCAUAUCACUGAUCUUGACCCUCAUCAACCCUGCAAAGUCGGGCAGUGGCGUAUCGCCCACGGCUUCGACAAUCUACAGGAAAACAUCCGUGUCGUCGGUCUCGUCAGACUCCCACCCAUUCCAGAGGUUUCGACGAAGGACAUCGCAGAGUUCAUUGAGCAGUACGAUGCUCAGCCGGCAAAGAGCAUGAUUUACGGUAGAGCGCCCUGGUCGUGCUCGAAGUGGGUCAUAAGGGUCAUCGAGGAUAUGGCAGAGGCGGAGUUGAUAGAUGUCCCGGUUAGGAACUUGUAUUCGAGGAUCCUAGCUCGCGGGCUUAGUCUGACAACACGGGAGCCUCGCUCAGGACUCCGUAUGAUUGACCUGGUAUGACAGAGCUAGAUGGGUUAUGAGGUAGGGAGCGCGGACUUGUUCUAUCGAUAUUUUCUGUUAUUGGGUUUCUCAUGGUCUCUGUUGUGGUUUGUCUCUGUUAUGGCUCUCUUUAUGGCUUACGUUCUAUUCUUGUCACGUCGCAUUGUCCUCUAGCUUUUGCUGUGCUUUAAUGUCGUUUAUGUCACGGACUAUGUUCACGAUUUC